AUGACCACCCUCCAGUCGCGUGAGAAAAAAGACACAGCUACUCGUAAUCUUGACGAUUUCUGGGGGUUUGACUCUACCCUGCCGACGCUCCCAUCGAGUACAACCUCGACAGAUGAUGUCAUCAAGUUAGCCUCUCAAAAAUUGGCCUUACUAAAGCAGGCUCAAGAGGAACAUAGAUAG